GGAAACGUAAAAGCUCCUCUUCGGCGGCUAUAUAUAAGAAGGACGUUCCCUAAUAAGGCCUUAAACCUUUAAAAAUGAUCCAAAAGUCGAGAUAUAUUAUAAGAGAACAGGUGGAUUUCCUAAUAUCUUCAUCUAAUCAUGAUUGUUAGGGAAAAAAAUAUGUAUAAGAUGAUGAUAAUGACAAAAUAAAUCGUUUUACAUAUUUCUUUUGCCUUUUCUAUAAUCUAUUAGUCGGCUUGCAAACAAAAGGGGAAACAAGAGAAAAGAACAAUUUCAAGUGCAAAAGGAAACAGAGAAGCGCUCAUCUUUGGCUAUAUAAGGAGGUUUUAGUCCCCGAGGCCCUAACGUUUAAGGAUCAUCUAAAACAAGAAAUUACAAGAGAGAAAUAGAGAAAGAGCAAAGAGAGAUCUCCUUCUUUGUUGGACUGUUCUUCUUCUUCGGGUGUGUUUUUCAUAGUUUUGCGAUCUCCUUCUUUUGUUAUUUAUUGCCUGAAGUUAUGGGAGAACGCAAAAGCCUAAACAAGUAUUAUCCGCCAGAUUUCAAUCCGAAGAAGAUACCUCGCCUCCAGAAACCGAAAAAUCAGCAGAAGAAGAUUCGAUCUAUGCUUCCAGUACGUGUUCGAUGCAACACAUGUGGUAAUUACAUGUCGGAAGGCACCAAAGUCAAUUGCCGUCAAGAAGACGUCAUCAACGAGACGUACCUAGGCAUUAAAAUCCUUAGGUUCUACAUCAAGUGCACAAAAUGCUUGGCGGAGGUGAUAAUUAAGACCGAUCCAAAGAACUGUAGUUAUACUGUCGAAUCAGGUGCAACUUGCCUGUAUAAUGGAGUCGAGGAGAAGGAGAAGAAGCGUGAGGUAACUGAAAACGUGUUGGAGUCCUUAGAGAGGAGAACUGUGGUAUCUAAAAGAGAGAUUGAAGUUAUGGCUGCACUUGAUGAGGUUAAGUCUAUGAAGUCUAGACGAGCCUCCGUGAGCGUAGACUCCAUGCUUGAGGCUUUGAGUAGAAGAAAAAAACAAGAAGAAGAGAACGUGGAGGAAGAAUUGCUUAUCAAGUCGAUAAAAUUUGGUAAGCGGACUAGAAGGAUUGAUGAAGAGAGAAACAAAAACUAUGAGGCGUUUGAUGAGAAGAAGAAGAAGGGUAAUAAUAAGAGACGUGAUUGCCGUAAUUAUCCCAGUCAAAUCUCUUCUGUUUGCAUAAUGUCGAAAAAGACUGUAAAGGAGGGACUCGAAUCUCUGUGUCACACCUAUGGCACCGACAGCGAUGAGGAGAAGUGAACCCUUUAUUAAUAAUAUUAUGUUAAUUAGAUUUUGAUCAGAUUUAUCAUUCACUGCAGAUUAAUGUAGGAAUCUUUGUUUCGAAUGUUUUUGUUAGACACUGAAAUUACACUUCUAAAUCCUUAAAAGUGGGUCGGUUGAUUUAGUGAUUCAGUUUUGAGCUUUUAAGAUCUAAUUAUGGAGAGCUUUUAUAUGAUGCUUUGUUUCAGACCUUUCAUGCCGUAGACAUUUUAUAACAGCAAGGCAUUAGUGAGUUUGGUGUUUCCCUACCUUUGUCUUGCUCCCCGUAGCUGUUAUGGCUGGGUCAACUCUAUAACAGCACAUCUCAUCUCAUGGUGUCUUCUUCUUGAAUAUCUGACCGUGGACAAGUAAUUUUGAUGAUACAGUGG